AUGUUUGACGUGCUGUCAAGUUACCUGUACUCGCUGGACGGCAAUGUCACGGUGUUGGCCAACGUGUCGGACGCAGCGGCCACGGCCACCAUCUCCGCCACGUUCGCCGAGCCCCAGUACGCCGCCAAGUGGCUGGGCUGCUGCCAGAGCUCGCACGCCUGCUGCAGGAGCGUGCUGCGCCGGCCAGAGAGUGAGAUCCACCGGUCGGGCGAGUACUGCCCGGCAACCGAGGACGGCUGGCUGUGCUGGAACACCACGCGGGCCGGUCAGACUGUCUACCAGCAGUGUCCCGACUACAUCUACUCGCACCAGAGGCCGUCGUGUCGGGUGUUUGCCAAGAAGCAGUGCACGUCGAACGGCACGUGGUGGGCGCCGUCGGCGCAGCACGGCGAGUUCACUGACUACGGCGAGUGCAGCAACAUGUGGCGCGGCCUGGUGCGCCAGUACGUCAACAUCGGCUGUAACGGGGUGUCGGUGCUGGUGCUGCUGCCUGCUGUGCUGCUGUCAGCCGCCAUCCGCAGCCUCCACCAGGGCCCCCUGCUGCUGCACGGCUCCCUGAUGGCCGCCCUGCUCAUCCGCUGUAUCAUGGUCAUCGCCACAUCAGUGGUGCUCAACAUCGCCCAGCUCACCGGGGCGGCCUCGGACGCGGAUGGCGGCCUGGGCUGCCGGCUGCUGCAGGCCUUCUACAAGUACGCAGUGCUCAGCUCGUGGACCUGGAUGCUGGCCGUCGGACUGGGACUGCACAACUCGAUCGCCCGCCCGUUCGCCAAGCAGUUCAGCGCCUGGGUGUUCUGCACGCUCGGCUGGGGCGUGCCAGUGCUGUUUGUCGCCGGCUGGGCCGCGGCCAAAGUCGUGCUCGAGAACGAGCUCUGCUGGAUGCUUAACGUUCACAACCUGGUCUGGAUUCUGGACGCGCCCAAACUCGCCUGCUUCUUAAUAAACCUAGGAUUUAUGAUCAACGUUUUACGUAUACUCAACACCAAGCUGGAAUCUUCCGAGGCCAGAAGGCGCUCGUUCCGCGCGGCGGCCAUGCUGGUGCCGCUGUUCGGCCUCCAGUUUCUGGUGACGGCGCUGCCGCCUCCCGACGACGUCGACUGCGACGCCGAGCAGGCCUACUACGUGGUCAGCUACCUCAUCAGCGGCCUGCAGGGCGCCGUCGUCGCCUGCAUCUACUUCUACACCAACGCCGAGGUGCGCUCGCAGCUGGUGCUGCAGUGGCGGCGGUUCCAGGCGCGGCGCGGCAGCGGCAGCCGGGCGCCGCCGCGCCGGCGCACCCUCAGCACAGAGGUGCCGGCCAGCGGACCCGUGCAGCGCCGCCAGCUGGCCUCGGACGCCGAGCGCGCCGCCGCCGCCGCCGCCGCCGCCGCCGCCGACCCGCAGCAGAUGACCGUCACGUCGCUGCUGGGAGCCGACGGGCGCGCCGGCGGCGGCGACGACCAGCCCGAUCUCGUGCAGGACACAGCUACCUAGAGCGCAGGACGUCUUCAGGACGCGGCUACCUGAGAGCUCAGCAGACCUCGUGAGACCACGGCUACCCAGAGCGCAGCAGUGUGCAGCGA